UCAGGUUCAUCACAGCGACAGGGACUUCCUCCACCCAGCCAUGUUAAAGCAUCUGGGUGGUAACUUCAGGGAGACCCCCUCUCACCGACGGCGCUGCUAUUGGCUUAUUGGUGACGCGAUUCCACGGAGGAGUCGGCUCGAAGACUUUAUAAAAGCUUCGCCGUGUGCUGCGAGCCACUCUCCCUGAAAGCAAUCUAGGAGAAAGGACCACAAACACCUCCACCUAAAGGUGCACCAUGAGCGAGAGACAAGUUUCUGGGCCUGCUGCCGGCAACAACAAAACCUCCGGAGGACAAGACGCGUCCAAGACGAACCUGCCGGAAGACUUCGACAUCGACAUGGACAACCCAGAGACCGAGAAGGCGGCCGUUGCCAUCCAGUCGCAGUUCAGGAAGUUCCAGAAGAAGAAGCGCGAUGAGAAGUCCUAGUGCAAGACCCAGUGACGUUUGCAUGAGUCAUAACUUUGUAGUUUGAAGUCAUCACUGGCUGUGAUGGAGCGUCUUGUCUGUGACACAUCUCAUGAUUACAUUUCUAUUGCGUACUCAUCAACUGCUGUAUUCAACAAUUUACUGUUUUUCUCUUUGUCUCAUGAUUUAGUUCUUGUCCACAGAUGAUAAAUAUUGUGUUUUUGUAGAUGUAGAUGGAGCAAAUGAUGUGUGUUAGUCAACUUAGCCAACUGCAUCCUUCAACUUAAUCCUUUGUCCGACACCGCAUGGUACUGUCAACGUACACUGAAUGAAUAAAGACUGUUUGUGGAACAUG